UGUCUGUACAGCAAGGGAAGUCAGAUGAGUGUGCGAGAGGGUGUAGAGAGGGGUACUGAUAUCUGAAUUAUGAGGGCAGGUGUCCUGCCAAGGAAUCCUUCCUUUAACAGAGCUUCAAUGCUGCUCCUGUUCCUCCUCUUUGAGGGUCUCUGCUGUCCUGGGGAAAACACAGCAGCUCCCCAGGCUCUACAAUCCUAUCGUCUAGCAGCAGAGGAGCCCCUGUCCUUCCGCAUGCUCCAAACUUCCUCCUUUGCCAACCACAGCUGGGCACACAGUGAGGGCUCAGGAUGGCUGGGUGACCUGCAGACUCAUGGCUGGGACACUGUCUUGGGCACCAUCCGCUUUCUGAAGCCCUGGUCCCAUGGAAACUUCAGCAAGCAGGAGCUGAAAAACUUACAGUCACUGUUCCAGUUAUACUUCCAUAGUUUUAUCCGGAUAGUGCAAGCUUCUGCUGGUCGAUUUCAGCUUGAAUACCCCUUCGAGAUCCAGAUAUUAGCUGGCUGUAGAAUGAAUGCACCACAAAUCUUCUUAAAUAUGGCAUAUCAAGGAUCAGAUUUCCUGAGUUUCCAAGGAAUUUCCUGGGAGCCAUCUCCAGGAGCAGGGAUCCGGGCCCAGAAUGUCUGUAAAGUGCUCAAUCACUACCUAGAUAUUAAGGAAAUACUGCAAAGCCUUCUUGGUCACACCUGCCCUCGAUUUCUAGCGGGGCUCAUGGAAGCAGGGGCGUCAGAACUGAAACGGAAAGUGAAGCCAGAGGCCUGGCUGUCCCGUGGCCCCAGUCCUGGCCCUGGCCGUCUGCAGCUUGUGUGCCAUGUCUCAGGAUUCUACCCAAAGCCCGUGUGGGUGAUGUGGAUGCGGGGUGAGCAGGAGCAGCGGGGCACUCAGCGAGGGGACGUCCUGCCUAAUGCUGACGAGACAUGGUAUCUCCAAGCAACCCUGGAUGUGGCGGCUGGGGAGGCAGCUGGCCUGUCCUGUCGAGUGAAACACAGCAGUCUAGAGGGCCAUGAUCUAAUCAUCCAUUGGAGUGGAUAUUCCAUCUUUCUCAUCCUGAUCUGUUUGACUGUGAUAGUUACCCUGGUCAUAUUGGUUGUAGUUGACUCAUGGUUAAAAAAACAGAGUUCAAAUAAGAACGUUCUUUCUCCCCACACACCCAGCCCUGUCUUUCUCAUGGGAGCCGACACCCAGGACACCAAGAAUUCAAGACAUCAGUUCUGCUUGGCACAAGUAUCGUGGAUCAAAAACAGAGUAUUGAAGAAGUGGAAGACACGCCUGAACCAACUCUGGUGACAUUUGCUUUACCUUAUACAUAAAAUCCUUGUCUGCAUCUUCUUAAACACCAUCCAUGUCCCAUAAGGGAAGCAUGCUUUUAUUUAAACAGUUUGUACUAGCAAAGAUACUGACCCCUUUAGGAAUACUUUUUUCGCCAUCUUCCAGAGAUUUUUUUUUCCUGCUUUGUCUACAUAUCCAUCAUUGUUGAUUUUUCAAGCUAUAAUCCAGAUACUUCUUUUUCAUGGAUUCCCGGGAUCACCCAAUUGAGAGCUCUUCUGUACUCCCCAAAUUGAACUGAUCUUCACAAGCACAUUCAUCUUUUCCUACUCUGAACAGUAGUUAUUUAGAUUUUUACUCUUUUUUUUUUUUUUUUAAUCUCAGUUGCUUGAAAGUAGGAUUUAGGUAUUUGUGCCUGUAUUCAUGACCAAAAAUCUUAUCUGAAUUCAGGGCCGGCUUCAUAAGCAUGUGACCUGUGCAGACACAUGGAAUCUUAUGUUCUGCAGGAACCCAUGCUAGAUUUAAUGCUCUGCUGUUGUCAUCUUGGAAUCCUUAGUCAUUUUCAAACAAGAGAUAUUGUAUUUUCAUUUUUCACUGACCCCACAAAUUAUAUAGCUGACUCAUUCUGAAUGUAAUAUUUCUCAAUAAAUGCUGACUGAAAUAAAUUUGUUGUUAGAUAAA